UGGAUGAUGACUGGUUCGUUGUGUUACGUAAUGAUUUCUUCCCACACUCGACUAAAAAGGAAAUUAUGCUGUAGUUUAUCUUCUCAUUCCAAUACAUUUAUAUCCCUAGAACAAAUAAAUUUCUGGUUCUUACGACAGUCACCGCUUGCGGAAUGUAAAUUGCUUCAGAGAGGAUAAUGUUUUUGACGAGAAGGUGCAAGUCUGACCCAUUCGACUUGUAACCAAGAUAUAUGAGUGACGAUUUUCUUACGAUCAGUGAUUCUAGACAUGGGAUUAAUACACCUUAUACUGCUGGUUCUUCUCGGGUACGCAAGCAGCAGAAAAUACAAUGAGGUGGACCUUACUAUAAACAAAUUGACGGCUUUCGUUGGCGAAUCUGGAUUACAAAUUAGAUGUCAGCCAAAUGGAAAGACUAUAGUGAAUCCAGUAUGGAUGAUAAUCGAAUUCGAAGGAUUCCAAAGUCGGAGGCCGAUGGUGUAUCUCUUCGGAAAGGACGGCAAAGAUGUCCUGGAAUGGGGCGAAGAGUUCAAUGUCACACAUCUACAGAGUCAUAUCACAGCCACGGGCCAUCUAGAGGGGAUCCAGUCUUUCCUUCAGCUGGACUUUAGUCACGUGGUCUGUGGAGAUGGAGGGCGGUACACGUGUUCUUAUGGGGGAUUCGACAAAAUGGGAAAACUGAGAAAGUUCUCCACCUCCGGAGAUUUCGUGACUAAAACUAUUGAUGGCGGCCCACCGAAGGUCAGCGUUAAUGGAAAACUGGCUAAGCCCUUUGAAUAUUACAAAGUAUCUCCGGGUGAAAAAAUUCACUUAGUUUGUGAGGGUGAGGUUGGAAAACCACGAAUCCCAAUAUUCUGGCUUUUGAAUGAAAUCCCAAAGCCGGUGAAACUGCUGGGCGAGAAAGAGGGAGUUAAACAAGGUCGCUUGGAAAUCCCUGAUGAUAAUCCUUGUACGUUUCGCUCUACUGUCCAUUUGUUUUACGAAAUGGGCAAAACGAUGACAGUGCUGACGUGUAAAUUAGCCUUUCGAACAAUGAGCAUCAUUCUGCGUCCAUAGGAAAAAUAUUUAUACCUCCAUUAAUACUUUCAAACAUCAAAGCUGCUCAUACCACCUUGUUUUUAAGUCGAUAACAACAGUUAAACGCAUUAUCCCUCCUUCUCAUUAACUGCAUCUAUUUGAUUUGUGCAUAAAGCAAUUUGAAAAAAAUAUAUUGUAUAU